GGACCGCCUUCUUUGAGAAGGCCACACAGGAUUUUGCCAAGGCUAACAGUCAGUGCCCUGUCUUUGUUCGUGAGGCCUACACCAUGAUAGCAGACCUGGCUAAACAGGGAGAUACCGGGCUACAGAAAAUUACUGAUGCCUUCUCUCUGUGUACACCUCUCAAAAGUGACAGAGUGGCCCACCUGGAGGGUUGGGUACGGAACUCGUUCACUCAGCUGGCAAUGGUUGACUAUCCAUACCCGGCCAACUUCCUUGCCCCCCUCCCCGCCAACCCUGUGUCCUACUCCUGUAAUCUGUUGCUAACGGCGACUGACCGACUGAAGGGACUGGCCCAGGCUGCAGGUUUGUUUUACAAUGGGACGGCUGGCCGGCUGCCCUGUAACAAUAUUGAGACGCAGUUUAUCGAGUGUGCAGACCCGACUGGGUGUGGCACAGGACCCGCCGCCACCAGCUGGGACUACCAGGCGUGCACGGAGAUGUCCCUCCCCAGUGACACAAACAAUAUGACAGACAUGUUCCCCCCGACAAUCUUUGAUCCCUCGGCUUACUGCGAGAAAACAUGGGGAGCUAAACACCGGAAGGGCUGGAUGGACACCCAAUUCUGGGGGAAAAAUAUACUGGCUGCCUCCAACAUCAUCUUCUCCAAUGGUAACCUGGACCCGUGGAGUGUGGGUGGGGUGCAACAGAAUCUCUCUGACAGUCUGGUAGCCAUUAUGAUUGAGGGAGGAGCUCACCACUUGGACCUGAGAUCGGCCAACCCCAAGGACCCACCAGCUGUCAUUGCGGCGAGGAAACUGGAGAGAGACACUAUUGCAAAGUGGAUUAAAUAGUUGACGUACGUAGUCUGAUUUAUAGUUUUUAUUGUUUUACAUAACCAUUUUUUGCGUACACCAAGUGAAAUGUUGCAACCUGUGUUAACUACA